UACAAAAACAAAACAAAAAGACCUGGACUGAUAUACCUUUAAGAAACAGACAAAAGAAGAUAAAUUGAAGAUCACGUUCUUCAUCUAUCAAGCACUAUGUCUCGCCCUGCACACCGAAGACCAGAAUACCAUAAAAUAAAUAAAGAUCUCUUUGUCCUUACCUAUGGAGCUCUGGUUGCCCAGCUGUGUAAGGAUUAUGAGAAAGAUGAAGAUGUGAACCAAUAUUUAGAUAAAAUGGGUUAUGGCAUUGGAACACGGCUUGUAGAAGACUUUCUGGCUCGAUCCUGUGUGGGAAGAUGCCAUAGUUAUUCAGAAAUUACGGACAUAAUUGCCCAGGUUGCUUUCAAGAUGUAUCUGGGAAUUACACCAAGUGUGACCUGUAACAAUUCAAGCCGAAAUGAAUUUUCCCUGAUUCUAGACAAGAAUCCUCUGGUGGAGUUUGUGGAAGAGCUCCCUGCUGGACGAUCUUCUCUGUGCUACUGCAACUUGCUGUGUGGGAUUAUCAGAGGUGCCUUGGAAAUGGUUCAUUUGGCUGCUGAUGUUACAUUCUUGCAAGACAGACUAAAAGGUGACAGUGUGACAGAAAUAGGAAUAACAUUUCUAAAAAAGCGAGACGAGAAAAAAUAUAGACGGAAGAAAUGA